AUGGGGGUGCAACAGAAGCCCAACGAGGGUCCCCCAAGAGGUGCCAAGCUGUGUGCGAAGGACGUACAUCGUCUUGCCGCCGGGGUAGAUCACAAGGUUUCUCGGCUCCGUUGCGUCGGUAAAGGGGCGUGGAAAGAGGAAGCUGAGAACAAAAGCAAAAAAGUCGGUGAGCAGUGGCAAGGGCUUUUGAUUUUGUAA